AAAAAAUCGUAGCUCCCCCUCGCCGCAUCCUCGCCCGCGACGACGAAAAAACACAUAUGCGCAUAUUCUGUAAUAUUCCAUAGUAGGCAUUCCUAGGCGCUUCCAUGUGUUUAGCCCAACUCUUCUAGCGUGCUCUACCAUCGCCCCCCUCCAUCUGUCCUUCGCCUCUCUACAAACUUCUCUUUUUCCCUCCAUCGGCAAGACAAGGUCAAUUUGCUUACCUUGUCCGCCCACCACAUCCGUCUUACACCUCGUCUCGGCGCAUUCACUUUUUUUUUCUUCCUCCCUCCGAUCUCGCAUCGAGCCGCCGUGACAGACCGCGCCUCUGGGGACGUCCGCACCGCCGCGCGCACGGCAGCCACGGUGAUCGCUAUGGAUCAUCACCGUGACUUCGGCGGUCACAAUCACGAUCGACUAAGCGAGGCUGAAGAUGCUUUUGCGGGGCAGACGAUGAUCUCAUCUCAGGACGACGCCAAUGGCGGCGAUGACGGCAUUGAAAUCUCCGCUGGCCAGAAGAUGAUCUCCGCGAUUUCGGGCAGUUUCUUAACUUCGAUUCUCGUCACCCCUCUAGACGUCGUCCGCAUCCGAUUGCAGUCGCAGGGCACGACACGGUCCCCCCCGGAAUGGCAGAGACUUGCGGUUUCGUCGCCUAGUGCGUUUCGACCGUCGAACCUCGGGGUUACCGCUUGCUGCCGCGAAGUCUUCUUCAUGAAUAACACCGCAGAGCUUUGCCUCGCCGGCCCCAGGAUCGAAGCAUUCGGCGGCGGUGCCGUCUCGCCCGGCGAUUGCGCGGUGGAGGAGGUGCAGAAGAGGCGGUUCAACUCCACUUUCGAUGGCAUGAGGAAGAUUGUGCGCAAUGAGGGGUUCACCACCUUGUGGAGGGGCCUCUCGCCGACUCUGGUCAUGGCCAUCCCGGCGAACAUCAUAUACUUUACCGGCUAUGAAUGGCUGCGCUUCGACGAGGCGAGCCCCAUAUACAAGACCGUGAAAGACGGCUACGCACCCCUCGUGGCUGGCUCCUCGGCGCGGAUGCUCGCCGCCACUGCGGUGAACCCGAUCGAAUUGUUCCGAACACGUCUCCAGGCGACGCCAGGCUCGACUGCGACCAACCACCUGGCUAACACUUUCUGCGGCAUGCAGAGCAUGGUGGCCGAGCAGGGCUAUCGCUCGCUCUGGCGAGGGCUCACGCUGACUCUCUGGCGAGACGUUCCCUUCUCGGGAAUGUACUGGUGGGGCUACGAGACGGUCAGGGGCAAGCUUACCGACCUGCGCGAAGAGCGACACAGCCGAUCUCUAACUCGAGACAGCAAUAGAUCGUCCCGAGAUAGAAAGCGGUCACAGAGUCGGGAGGGCCAUGGACAGACCUUCGUAGAUAGCUUCACCGCGGGCGCCCUCUCGGGCGCCUUCGCGUCAACGAUCACGAUGCCCUUCGACGUAGGCAAGACGAGGACGCAGGUCUACCGAGACGCCGCCAGGAAGGCCGCGGUGUCGUCACACAGCACGCCAGCGCCGGAACAGCAGAACAUGGUCCGGCUGCUAUGGCACAUAUACGCUACUGAGGGCCUGGCGGGGUUGUGGAAGGGAUGGCUCCCCCGAACGCUCAAGACGGCACCGUCGUGUGCGAUCAUGAUCAGCAGCUACGAGGUCGGCAAGCGAGCCUUCCGGAGCGUCAACGAGCGGAAUGCUAGGAAGUAGCAUAAGGGACGGGACGGUGAGCCUUGAUAUUGCCCUGGACAUCAUUCCCGCCGCUCCCACCUCCGUGUUUAGAUUUUGCAUUUCGAGGCGUUUUCUUUUCGCACAACCAUGAUGAUACCUUGCCUAGAGGGUCGGGGCUGUCGCUUUGGAAGUGUGGGUUCGGUCACGGAUCACGGUCAUGGUCACGAUUACGGCUUGCGAGAAAAAGUUGGCCCCAUUCCAUCGCAUCGAGGGACGGGAAAACGGUUCGGCGUCUGCGGCGAAAAGAGAGAGAAAGAGGGAGAGAAAAAAGAAAAGCAUCUUGUACAAUACACUGCUACUACUACUGACUGCGCACGAGUCUGUACGCUACGCGAAGGACGGGCCAUUGUUCCAGGCUAGAGGAUCGAUCCACUUCGUGUAGGUCGGGGGGGCGGGGAGGCUGGAGCGUGGCAGUAGGACCACCUAAUGUGAGAGUAAUUCUGACGAUCGGCCCACUGUGCCUAUCGUAUCGGGACGCAAUCAAACUAUGCCUGUUUUUCCUGGAGUGCACGACCGCGAAAAUCCUGGGGUUUUUUUCCUCCCCUU